UGUUUUUAUUUUUGACCGAGCAGUUCGUCCCCUUUAGUACGACUGGGUGGCUAUUGUGGAAGAGCUGGUCGACGUAGUUAGGUCAUGGUCGAUCUAAUUAACGCAUUCUCCUUCCUUAAAAAAAUCAUGUAUUGUAGUAAUAAAUUGCUGACAGUAUAUGCUGGGUCGCUUUGUGUACGUAGUACAAUAAUAGCGGAGUUUGUUUGUUCCCCUAAAAAAAUGCAGUUUGUUUGCGGUCGAUUUGGAUCACGUACGUACGCAGUCGGAAUCGGAAGAGCAGGAAGGAACCUUUGAACGUGACGGAACCGACCGGAGAACGGAACAUGCAUGCACGUAGUAGCUUGGCCCCCAGUCUACCGCCACUCCGUCUCUCUCUCCCACUCCCACGGCAUAUAAAUUCCAACUUGGAAGCUCCCGCAACAGCAUCCCAAUGACGUAAGAGUAGCAGCCAGGGCUUGCAGUAUCUGUGAUCCGUCCGUCAUCCAUGGAGACGGCGUCUUCCGAAAUCGGGCGCCUGCCGGAGAAGCUACUUGUGCGCGUGAUCUCGCUCACGUCGCCUGUGGCCGCCUCCCAUGCCGCUUCCGUCUCCCGGGCCUUCCGCGCCGCCGCCGACAGCGACACCGUCUGGUCCUGCUUCGUGCCACGCGAGCUUCCACGGUUCGCCAAGAAGCAGAUCUCCCCGUCGACAGAGUCCAAGAAGGCGCUCUUCCGGCGCCUCUCCUGCCUGCCCGCCUUCAUCCCUCGCAAGCUCAUGCACAUGAGGCUCGACAAGGCUACCGGCGCCAAGUGCUUCAUGCUUUCGGCCGAGAUACUACAGAUCACCAAGUACCGGCGCUACCAGAAAUGUUGCUCGUGUUGUUUUCUUUUUGUAUCUUUUUGGUCAUAAUGCAUCAGAACAUCUGAGAGCUACUCCCUCCGUUCCAAAAUAGAUGACCCAACUUUAUACUAACUCUCCCUCUGUUUCAAAAUAGAUGACCCAACUUUGUACUAAAGUUAGUACAAAGUUGGGUCAUCUAUUUUGAAACGGAGGGAGUAGCUAGGAAAAACAUGCAAGACGCUUGGUGGGCGUCAAUGAAGAUGUCUUUUGCGGCUUGGGUAGUCACACGGAAGUUUUUUUGCUUUUAGCUGGACACAGAACUUGUUUUUUUUUCGGGUGAAAGGAAGAUUUUAUUUCAUCAACCAGGACAUAAGUCAUUCUUACAAAUAUCAGGGACGUCUCCUGGUCCGAACCCAGCCACACCACAGUGCGACCUUCUGUCCGGCCAAAGGAGGCCAGAUAAUGUUGCACCAUUCUGUUCCCUACGAAAAUGAGAUAGCUUGAACAUCCUCCCUUAUCCUUUGAAUUUGAUCAACCAACAUGGUAUAACGAGACUAGUCCCUGUCCGGGCCAUUUAUCAUGUUAAGAGUGACA